AUGGAACAGCAAGUUUUUCUGGUCGUUAUUACUUUAACUAUUCUUCUUAUUCAACACUGUCAUUCUCAUUCUGAACAACAACCAAAAGGUUUUCCAAAACAAUUUGUUGCUAUAUUAAAUCAAACAUCCUAUUUACAUCAGAAAGAUUCUGGUGCACCAGAACAAUUAGUUUAUGAUUUCAUUAAUCAACGUGCACGAUUUGAUAUAAAAGGUUGGAGAGCUAAACAAAAUGAAACAUAUAUGAUACAAUUUAAACCAAAUGGAGCUGAACUUGAAUCGCCGGCAGCACAAGGUUAUACAAUGUUCAAUUUCAAUCCUGAUUAUCCAGAAGUGACCAAAGGUAACUGUUGGUAUAAUACUCUUCCAAUAAAAGAUUUCGGUGCAUUUCCAUAUUCAUGGAUGACCGCUGACGGUGAUAUUGAUAUGAAACCAUGGUUUCCAUUACCUGAUAAUUUAGUUUAUAAAUCUAUUGAAUGGAUUCCAGAGGUACAAAUUAAUGCACUUAGAUAUGAUUCAUCUGAUAUAUGUGAUUUAAAAACAAGUGGUAUAGGUAAAGUACCAUGCUUAAGUUACUUUGAAACCAAUGAUGAUACACCAGUUAAAACAAUACAAGCAAGAGCGGCAAAGGGCUCUUUUGAUACUGAUGAAUAUACAUCAGUCUUUUACUUAUCAUUUAUAAAUGGCAUCCCAUCAAAAGUUGAACCACUGUUUAAUUUGCCUGCACAAUGGCCAUCAACAUGUGGCAAUGCUAAUAAUGGUUACUCACAAUCACCAGUACGUGGUUUUGUUGUUACACCAGAUGGUGGUCUUGAUAAUUUCACAUUGACAUUACAAACACCGCCUGUUCAUUCACUGGGUGAUGAAGUAACAAUCAAUUUUAGACCACAACCAGAUUGGUAUUAUAAUGGUACAGAAUGUGCAAAAUUCACAGUUAAUGGCAAUCCAAAAAUUGUGUUUACAAAAGACAAUUGGAAUAAACCACAACGUGUUGAUAUGAAAUUUUCUGGAUAUGGUUGUUGUAGUUAUGAAAUUGAAGGUAUAGGUGGUAGUUAUGAAUGGCAAUAUCAAGGACAAACAUUUGUUGUUUAUGGUUGUGAUGGAGUUGGAGGUUAUGGCUGUAAUGGAAAAGAACCAUGUGGCGCUUAA